UUCUGCAAAUCACUUCCAAUUUUAGCAAAUCUCCUUCAACGUUAACUUUCUUAAAUAUCUACACUAUAUUGAAGAAUCAGCAACAAAAAUGUUGUCAGAAAAGGUAACAUGCAACUCUCACGGACAGGAUUCGUCCUACUUCCUCGGAUGGGAAGAGUACGAAAAGAAUCCCUACGACGAAUUUAAGAAUCCCAACGGUAUCAUCCAAAUGGGUCUUGCCGAGAAUCAACUCUCUUUCGACCUCCUCCAAUCGUGGCUCGAGAAGAACCCGCAAGCUAUGGCUUUCAAGAAUUAUAAUAAUCAAUCCAUCUUCAAAGAUCUUGCUCUCUUUCAAGAUUAUCAUGGCCUCCCUGCCUUCAAAAAUGCACUAGUCAAGUUCAUGUCGGAGAUAAGAGGAGGCAGUGUUAGUUUUAACCCAAACAACCUUGUACUUACCGCGGGAGCAACUUCGGCUAACGAAACAUUAAUGUUUUGUCUCAAUAAUCCUGGCGAUGCCUUCCUCCUCCCGACACCAUAUUAUCCUGGAUUUGAUAGAGACCUCAAAUGGAGAACCGGGGCAGAAAUAGUACCAAUUCAGUGUUCAAGCUUAAAUGGUUUCAGAAUUACCAAAUCUGCCCUUGAAGAUGCUUACAAACAAGCAGAAAAACAAAACCUCAAAGUCAAGGGUGUCUUGGUCACAAAUCCUUCUAAUCCAUUAGGCACGUCACUGAGUUUGCAUGAACUCGACCUCUUGGUUAACUUCAUCUCGUCCAGAAACAUCCACCUUGUUAGCGACGAAAUCUAUUCCGGUACUGUCUUUAGCUCUCCAAGCUUCAUAAGCAUCAUGGAAGUCUUAAAAAACAAAAACCUUAUGAACACCGAAAUAGCAAAACGAGUCCACAUUGUGUAUAGCCUCUCCAAAGAUCUUGGACUACCUGGAUUCCGAAUUGGAGCCAUAUACUCUAACGAUGAGAGGGUUGUCUCGGCUGCGACAAAAAUGUCCAGCUUUGGUUUGGUUUCGUCGCAGACACAACACCUAUUGUCUGAAAUCCUUUCUGACCAGAAUUUUACAAAAACAUAUCUUUCUGAAAACCGGAGAAGACUGAAGGAACGACAUGAAAUGCUCGUGAACGGGCUUAAAAAGUCUGGAAUCUGGUGUCUUCCAAGCAACUCCGGUUUGUUUUGUUGGGUGGAUAUGAGACACCUUUUGAGCUCGAAUACUUUUGAAGGAGAAAUGGAGCUUUGGAAGAUGAUAGUUUAUCAAGUCAGGUUGAACAUCUCGCCCGGUUCAUCAUGCCAUUGUAGUGAACCGGGUUGGUUUCGUGUUUGCUUUGCAAACAUGUCAGAGCAAACCCUAGAUCUUGCCAUGCAACGUGUGAAGUCGUUUGUAGACUCGAUGGCUAAGCAAGACAACCAGAGUCGUCACCAGAAGUUGAUGAACAGAAAUUCGAGAAGAACAAAGUCGUUACCAAAAUGGGUUUUUGAGCUAUCGUUUCAUCAACAAGAAAUUGUGGCCAAUGAACGUUAGAGCAUCUUCAUAAAACGUGUCUAGUUAGCUCACAAAAAUCCUAAAAAUUGUCAUCGCACAACACAUUCAAGCGCCCACUCUACUCAAAUGACCAUUGGAGAUGGUUGUUAGAUUAGGGGUGUGGCAAUUUACCAACUAACCAAUACAUGUACACUAAUUUUAAAUUUUGUUUAGUUUCCAAUAUAUUUCAUGCAUGUUGAGGAUUUUUGGUAUAUCUUUGUGCGAUUGUUGUUCUUGAAGAGAUUGUGCAUUCAAUCCUUAUGGAUUA